AAUAUACAAAUUCUAGCAUCGUGGACACAGGCCUUUAACCGAAGGAGUAGGACUUGCACUUUUAUGCGCUCCGAUGACAUCGACAUGUCACGAGACAUGUCACAUGCUUCAAUUUUCCCUCGCCCCUCAGAUUUUUCUCCUCCAGUCAAAAGGAGAUACUUGAUACUCCAAAAUCCAAAUCUCCAAUCUCCAUUUGUAUGACGCUAUUCUCUUACGUCCUGGGUACUGUGUAAUCUCUUUUAAAGUAUUUAAUAUAUCUGUUGCUAAAUAACGUGGCAACGCAUCAGGACUGGAUAAUCGGAUCGGGCGAGGUUGUGCUUCCGCGUUUAAAUAAUUUCUUGUACGUAUGUACAACAGUCGAGUGCGUAGAAGUCCAUGUGACCGCAUAACCUAAAAAGAGCGGCCUAUUGUCAACCCAGAUCUAUCCGAAUAAGAUUACGCAAUCAAGAUUGAAAUCAGAAUUUCGGACUUUACUCAGUUUGCUCUUUCUACCUUAGAUCUAGGAUUUAUGAAAAAUAAAAGGAAAAGAAUCGGGGGGUGGGGGGGUUAACCGAGUAAACCGCUUUGAACGUGAUCAAACGUCAUCUUUCAUGUAACAUUCAUUGAUCCGACGGAAAAUUUUAUGAAAACAGAGAAAUAAGAGAUAAUGAAAAUCGUGGUUUCAAUAAAUACAUGAAACGGUACACGAUGUUGGAGAAAACGGUAUUCGUUACGGUUGGCACAACAAAAUUUGACGAGCUGAUAACUACAGUGCUGAGCCGCACAGUCCUGGAGGCACUGUCAGCACGUGAUUACAAGCAUCUGAUCUUGCAAACUGGCAACACCAACUUAAAACCAGACUGUACCGCGCGUUACGGUUUCCGUAAGAUAGAAACUUUCGGUUUAAGUCCGUCCAUCGGGGAAUACAUGCAGCUAGCGGACCUUGUGAUAAGCCACGCUGGUGCGGGAAGUGUGUUGGAGGCUUUAGAAAAUCACAAACACUUGAUCGUGGUGAUUAAUGAUCUGCUCAUGGACAAUCAUCAGACCGAACUGGCUGAACAGUUGUACAAAGACGAGCACUUGUAUUACUGUACCUGCCGAGAUUUGCCGCGUGUCAUACAAACGAUGGACUUGACCAAGUUGAAGCCGUUCGUCGAUGACAAAAGUGCGGAUAUAGCUAACUUUAUUGACAAAGUAAUGGGCUUUGGAUGACGCUGUCGAAGCAAUUUCGCCGUCUCACCCCGAGUACGAGAGCUACUUUGUACCGAUGUUUAAAAAAAAGCCAAAUAGCUGUGGGAACAAGCAGCAAUAUUUAUAUAUAUAUUUGAAUUCUUAACAUGUUUUACACUUUAUAAGGAUACAUAUUCCAUAAAGUUUAAAUUCAUUACUGUAAUAUAUUAUAUGCUCGAUAGAAUUUACAAUAAUAGUACAUUAUACACUUAAACAACCGUUCCUCAAAACUAUAUAUAUAUUAUAGAAAAAUUUGUGACUCUGCAUUAGUCAAAUUGUGACAGAUCAAUGGCAGUUUUAACGUUCCCUUGGAUAAUUUGCAGAUUAUUCUCGGACACUGUUAACGUAACAAUUAAUCCUGUAAAAGUAUUAUAAAGGUCGUCUGCUGAUGAAAAAGGAAA